UGUAAUUCUAUAUUCAUUGUCUUGAUUUCCGACUUAAUCCAGUAUUUUCAUAAAUGAGUGCAACAUGCGUAUAGAAACGUGUUAUUUUUGUUCGUCUCGGAUAUAUCCGGGACAUGGAAUACAAUUCGUCAGAAAUGAUUGUAAGAUAUUUAAAUUUUGUCGAUCAAAAUGUCAUGCUGCAUUCAAGAAAAAGAAAAAUCCAAGGAAAGUUAAAUGGACCAAAGCAUAUAGAAAAACAGUUGGAAAAGAGUUGGCAGUAGAUCCAUCAUUUGAAUUUGAAAAAAGAAGAAAUAUUCCUAUUAAAUAUAAUAGAGAGUUAUGGCAGAAUGCAAUUGAUGCCAUGAAAAAAGUAGAAAAUAUCAAACAAAGGAGACAAAAUCUGCAUAUAAUGCAACGAUUACGUAAAGGACGAGAAUUAGAAAAAGAAAGAGAUAUUAAAGAAGUUCAACGUGAUUUAUCACUUAUAAAAUCACCUGCUGUAGGAUUAAAAGAAAGAAAGAAAUUAGAAGAAAUUACUGAACAUGACAAAAUUCAAGAAUCCAGUGAUGAAGAAGAACAAGAAAUAGAAAUGAAUUAGAUUAAAUUGUUAUGAAAAUCAUUCAUUCAUUUAUAAAAUAUUCAUAUUAUGAUAAUAAU